CAUAUUCAUUGGAGUAGUUUUGACACUGGGUUAAUUUCCAAAUUUAAUUAAUAUGUUUUCGGGAGCGGUUUGGAUCAAAUAUCUUCUGUAAUAAGAUUAUUUUAAUACAUCUGACACAUCAUGUUCUGUUUGGUGUUUUUGGCCAUUUCAUUUCGCCGGCUAUGUCAACUAUCUAAUUAAAAGUCUAAUGCGAUGACAAUUAAUUCGCGAUAAUAUAAAUUCCUUUUCAAAUAACACAAUAUAAUCAAUAAUUUCAAAUUUGUUUGUCAAUUCUAUAGAUAACAUUGAAAUUCAAAAAGUAAUCCAGCAAUGAUGUAUGAAAAUCCGUGUAGGCAGACCUCCAGUCUGAAAACGCGUCAGAAAAUCCAUAUAACUGAAAAGUAACAGCGCAAGCGUUAGUCUAGCUUCAGGAAAAGCGCCGAAAAGUUUGGAAACACCAUUCAAGUCCGACCAGCUGACGAGUAUGGUAUUUUGCGUUCUCUUCUUGUUGACUUUACUGUCAACGGGAAGUCUGCAGUUUCAGUUUAAGCAUCACAAUAACGAAGAAUUACUGGAAGUAUUGCAAGAUGUGAAUUCUAAAUGUCCUAAUAUUAGCAGGAUUUAUACUUUAAGUGAAAAUUCUGUCUUGGGAAUACCUCUAUAUGUUAUCGAGUUUUCUACUAAGCCAGGACAUCAUGAAGUUUUGAAACCGGAAUUCAAGUACAUUGCAAACAUGCACGGCAACGAAGUAUUGGGAAGGGAAUUAAUUUUGAAACUGGCGGAUUAUCUGUGCGAACAGUACACGAAAGGAGAUCCGAAAAUUAGAUACCUCAUUCAACUGACGAGGAUCCAUCUCAUGCCAAGCAUGAAUCCUGACGGAUGGCAGUUGGCCACUGAUACGGGUGGUACGGAUUUCCUAAUUGGCCGUACGAAUAAUAAUUCCAUUGAUCUAAACCGCAACUUUCCUAAUUUGGAUAGAAUCGUGUUCACCAAUGAAGAUGAACACAUUGACCACAACAAUCACUUGUUGGAACAACUCACGCAACUUAGUGAACCGCUUCAACCGGAAACAAAAGCCGUUAUCCGGCUUAUCAUGCAAGUUCCAUUCGUCCUUUCAGCCAACUUACAUGGAGGAGAUCUAGUUGCCAAUUAUCCUUACGACGACAGUAAGUCUGGUAGACAAAGGGGAGAAUAUACGGCUACACCAGACGAUGAAACUUUCAGACAUUUAGCUUUGUCUUACUCAACUCGUCACGCUGAUAUGGCAAAACCUAAUAGACACGGCUGUGGUGACAUCGAAAGCAGCGCAUUCCCAAAACAAGGAGGAAUUACAAACGGAGCAAAAUGGUAUAGCUUACAAGGAGGCAUGCAAGACUUUAAUUAUCUAUCCAGCAACGAUUUCGAAAUAACUAUGGAAUUGGGAUGCGAUAAAUAUCCUCCCUCAAGCGAAUUGGAAAACGAAUGGAAGAGAAAUAAGGACGCUCUUCUAAAUUACAUGUGGCAGACCCACAUUGGAAUUAAGGGUGUGGUGUACGAUAGUCAAACUAAAAGGGGUAUUCCUAACGCCGUCAUCCAUGUUAAGAAUGUCACCAAUGAGGAGUCUUAUGACAUCAACCAUGAUAUCACUUCAGUUCAUGAUGGUGAUUACUACAGGCUUCUAACUCCAGGAAAAUACAAAGUUACAGCAUACAGAGAUGGCUACUUACCCCAUACGAAAUUAGUAACAGUCACUAAUAAACCCCACACUCCAGCUCAAAGAAUUGAUUUCCCAAUAAAACCAAUAACGCCGUGCCACCAUAAAUUUUUAGGUAUAAUAUACAUGACUUAGAUUUCAGAUACCUCCAUACAUCAGGAUACAAACUGACAAUUACAUUAAUAAUAAGUUAGAAGAUGAAUUCGACAACAAUCAGCAGUGGUCAAACUGGGCUGAAGAGAAUGAACCUGUCCCAGAGCCUAUAGCUGUGCAAUAAAAAAUUCAAUAAGUGAUUUAAUUUUUUCUUGUGUCAAACAUUUUCUUCCUCACAUAAUUAUUAAUCAACAAUGCACAUGAAUACUGCGCUCAUAUAGCGAACUGUUUUUUGUUAAUUUUAAGUUUUUAUAGAGUAUAUCUUUAGGUAAGAAUUUAAAAAUUAUACAACAUUAGUUACAAUUUGAUAGUAACCUGUAAUUAUACAAUCAGUUAUUUAAAAAAUAUACUGUUUUAUUUUGAA